AUGAGGACGAGGAAGCCUCCCUGCCCUGUAGAGAAAGUGUGGGUAGACAAGCACAAGUACGAUGAAGCAGAGAGGCUGCAUUACGAACGAGAAGCGACGCUAGCCGCUGCGGCCCCCGACGAGUGCCGGGAGGUGGAGGCCGUAAACGGGGUCUGCAAUGACGACUCUGCGGAAAGUGAAUUCAAGGGAGAGCUGAAGAGAGCAAGGAACGGAAAGAAACAGAGGAAACGGAAGCGUUCUCCGAAACCCCGAAGUGUGGCCUCCAAGUUGGACUCCGUUCUGACCGGUUUGUUAGCUGACCGCGUGUGGUUCGACAAGCCGUUCUACGAUCACGCGGAGAACAUGUACAGGAAAAAAAUAGCGGAUUGUCAGAACGAGGAGACGCCUGAGACCGAGCUAACUGCUGAGCAGUCCCCGUUAGUGGCCAGGUCCAAAGCUGUCCGAGAUGUCCCUAAGCCAAGGGUGCUUUCAGCAGCCCUGCCCUGCUCCCAUGGCAACCUGUCUGCAUGUCACCACGUCGUUGAGGGUGUCUGGGUCAACAAGUUUGACUUUGAUAAGGCCGAGGAGAGGUUUGUUGAAAGAUCUCAGUUCUUUAUUCCUCCAAAUGUCCUAACCAUCCCGUCGAACGCUGUCAACGUUGGGCUGAGAACGCCGGAUGAGGGCUACGUUACAGCCCUGCCCACUCCUGCUACGCCAAGCUUAGCUCCAGACGUGGUUGCUGAAUCUGCUUCUUCCUUCGUUGCCGGCUUGCCUGGCUCUGUAGACCAGACGGUAAAUGGUAAGCCGCAGAUUUCAAGCUUGCAAGCUCUCAUGUCGGAGGUGUGGUUAGAGAAACCUCUCUACGAUGAUGCCGAGAAGAGCUUCUAUGAGAAUAUGUUCGAUGGUCAUCCGUCGGGCAAAGUCGGACAGCAGCAACGCGGCUGCCCCGAAGCGGUGGAGAAGGACCGCGAGGAAGGGAAGGACCACAACGUUGGAAAGCAAGCGGACGUCGAGCGCGUGAUCGCCGCCGACUCUCCGCUUCCCAGCGCUGCUGAGCAACCUCCGCCUACCUGCUAUUUUCUGCAUGAGGACAGCGAAACUGUGUGGCUUAAUAAGCCGACGUAUGACCGUGCCGAGUCACGAUACUACGCAGCCGAGGCUCUGAAGAUGUCAAGAGAGAGUACAGGGAUGCAGGAAUCCGCAGCAGUAAAACCCUCCCAACCAGCUGCUUAUGCUUCGAGCGUGCCUGCGCCAGAAACGAAAAAAAUGGCAGUCAACUUCUUUACGCAUGAGAAGAUCUGGUUUGACAAAUACAAGUACGACGAUGCUGAACGACGAUACUACGAGCAGAUGAACGGGCCGGUCAGCAGCUCUUCGCACCAGCAGAACGGAGCCAGCACGAUCCUACGCGACAUUGCCAGAGCCAGGGAGAAUAUCCAGAAAUCGCUGGCCGGAAGCGCGAGCACAACCUCUUCGGGGCCUCCCGGUGACCAAAAUGAACUCCUUUCCAGAAUUUCUCACCUGGAGGUAGAAAAUCAAAACCUUCACAGUGUUGUUGCAGACCUUCAGAUGGCCAUCUUCAAGUUGGAAAGCCGCCUGAAUGCUUUGGAAAAGUCAUCUACCUCCCACCAGCCCUCACCAGUUCCUCCAACCCAGCACGUCACCCCAACGAAGAAAGUGGAACCAUUCAGUGUUCCCUCCAAGAAACCAGCUGCUGCAGAGGAAGACGAUGACGAUGACAUCGACCUUUUUGGUAGUGACGAUGAAGAGGAAGACCAAGAGGCUGCCAAAGUCCGCGAGGAGAGACUGCGUCAGUACGCAGAGAAGAAGGCCAAGAAACCGGGUCUGAUUGCCAAGUCUUCAAUCCUUCUGGAUGUGAAGCCGUGGGACGACGAGACUGACAUGGCGAAGAUGGAGGAGUGCGUCCGCUCCAUCUGCAUGGACGGGCUGGUGUGGGGAGCCUCCAAGCUGGUCCCGGUAGGCUACGGCAUUAAGAAACUCCAAAUCCAGUGCGUGGUGGAGGAUGACAAAGUCGGGACGGACAUCCUGGAGGAGGAGAUCACCAAGUUUGAAGACUACGUGCAGAGCGUUGACAUUGCUGCUUUCAACAAGAUCUAGAAGCAAAACUGUAUCCCCUCUGAAACUGUUCACUAAUAAAAAUCAAGGUUGGGA